GCCGGCGCUGUCGCAGGUCAUUGCGUUUGAGGCGGAACCUGCAUUGGCACAGGUUGCCGAAGAGAACGUGGCCCAGAAUGGCUUGGCAGACAAGCUUGCUGUGAAAGCUAUUCGGUCAACAGCCGUCUCAUCGCUUGGAGAUCUGAAGGUGGCAGGAGGAGCAUUGCGUGCGGGCCUGCUUGUGGCUGAGAUCUUGGACGCAGGCUUGCUGGGUGAGGACUGCUUGCCCACUCUGAGGCAUGCAGCCAGCUGUUUACUGAGCCCCAACUACUUUGCUGUGCCGGCAAGUGCUGAAAUCUGUGCAUGCUGUGUUGAGAGCGGCAUUUUAAGAAGCUGGCAGAGCGUGGAGGGCAGCUGGUGGGCAACUGAGGCUUUCAAAAACGAUGAAGGUGAUGCAAAUCCACAUGAUGUUGUGUUGGAGAGGUUGGUCGGCACUGGCGAAGCUAGGAUUUUGACGGAGGAAUUCAACGCUCUGUCGUUCAACUUUGAGUCUCUUCCGCCGGAAGCCGGCAGGUGUGAGGUGGUCUCCUUGAAGGUAGGCACUGCAGGCUGGCUGGAUGCUGUGGUGUUCUGGUGGUACUGCGUCAUGGUCCGCAAUGAUCCCCUGCCCACCAUGACCAAUGCACCUGCCAGGGUGCCCAUUGCAACGCGGGCGGAUGCCAUGGCAGGGAGGUCUGAGAUUGGGCACUGGCGCCAGGCCGUCUCCAUUUUACCUGGGCCGCGCCGAUUUCUGGAGGCGGGGGACAAGCUUCGGAUGGCAGUCUUCCACACAGAUGAAGAUAUCUGGUUUCGUGUUGUGGAGCCUUCCUUCGUGCCGAAGCCUUUAGCGCUGCCACGGGCAUCUAGUAGCCUUGCCUUCUUGCCUGCUACGAGGCUCUGGUCCAUGGCAGAUGACAAUCGAUGGCAAAAGCUGGAGCGUGCUGUCAAAGAUGCGGUGGGGAUGCUUCAGCCACAACCUCUGCAGGAGCAUGGGGGCAUCCUUGUGCUGGACCUUUCCGAUGGCCCAUUCAUCAGUUUGAUUCUGGCAAGGCAUCUUGCAAAGCGCUUCGCCAAAUGUGGAGGUAGCCCUGGCCCCAGGUCUAGGCAUCUGCGCCGCUUGCUGCGCUUUGCCGGUCGCAAGCCUACCGUCCUCAGCUUCGAGUCCUCAGAGGAGGGCUUGAGCGUGGCCAUGGAUGUCUUGAAAUCAGGCCAGAGACAUCUCUGGAGGCCGAAGUACUGCAGGAUACGGCCUGUGUUGGGUGGGCCUGGGCUGGCGCCUAAAAGUGUUGCCAUGAUUUGUGCCGAGCCUUACUCCCAACAAUGCGAGGGACUGCCCUGUGAUGCCCACUUCUGGCAGCACUGGGCCCAAGUUGAUGCUUUGCGCUGGACGCUGGCACCCCAAGCUGUGCUUGUGCCUCUGGGCUUCAGGGUGCAAGUGGCUCUUAUCUCUUGCGCUGGCCUCUGGCAGCGCCGACAACCAGUGACCGCAGAAGUGCAUGGUGUGAAUGUCUCCCAGAUCAACAAGCUUCAUCCCGACCGAACGUUCAAGCAAACGGCUGCGCGUCACAGGUUCCCCUGCAGUCUGUGGCAAAUUGAGCACCAGGUCGUCAGCCAGCCCAUCACCCUGUGCCAGGUAAGCUUUGCAGCAGACUUUCCCCGGAAGAUACUCUUGUCCAUGGACUGGCUACUUGGACGGAAGUUCCAGUUGGAGGGGGUGUCCUACUGGCAAAAAGGCCCCGAAAGCCUGGCGUUGGGCUGGCGCCUCGAGCUGGCGGUGUCUGCCUACUUCAAGGCUGCCGAUGGCUCGCUGGACCUGCAGACGAACUGGGUAUUCACGCGGCACCCGGAUCAGAUUCGGGAGAGCCUCUGGAACUCAAUGCAGAGCAUACUGGAUGCCUGGUUCGCCAAGGACAAAGGCGGCGAAUAUGCAAAGAGAUCCAGACACAAGCAGCGCCGACACGGGGUGCAGCUGGCUGGGAAGAAGUCUGGAGCGGAGGGCCCAGGCUUCGGCAUUCACUGCUUCAUCAUCAACAACUCUGGUGAUAUUGACGAUUUCUACCAGGUUCAGGAGGAGGUCAACGCUGGCGGUUCGGCGCAAGUUUUCAAAGCCGUGGAGCUUGCGACCAAGGCUGUUCGAGCCGUGAAGCGCAUCGCCAAGAAAAGUGCCGGAGAGAUUGCCCGCGUAAUCCAGGAGGUGGCUAUCAUGAAGACCAUCGACCACCCCAACAUCAUCAAGCUCUUCGAAACAUUCGAGGACGAUGACUACUUGUACUUGGUCCUGGAAUACUGCGCUGGCGGCGAUGUGCUCGACUAUUUACUUUCUGACGGCAUCAUGGAUGAGCUUGCGGCUGCCAUGGUCAUGCGAGGCAUGCUAUCUGCGCUGAAUUACUUGAACGCCAACGGUUAUGUCCACCGCGAUCUCAAGCCGGAGAACAUCAUGUACAAG